CAAGAAGGGCCCAUUUUUCCCUGCUCUCACUUCCUCCACCGGUUUCCUCUUUUCAUGGCUAUGGCGUUCAGUCUGUCCCCGGGCCUUCUCACCAAGCAAUCAAACCACCUUCCUCCGAAGAUUAUUUCAUCGGCAGACACCGAAAAUCGGAGAAAAGUUGUAAACAAAUCUCAAGUUCAAGUGAAGAAAAGAUGCCUGAGAUGCAAUACCCUUUAUAUCGACCAUGAAAAUUCCCCUACUGCCUGCUCUUUCCAUGGCCACACAACUGGGGAGAAGGGAUUGUUUGCAUUGGCUCCACCUCACCAGGGGAUCGAUGGGGAGUGGAGUGACCGAUCGGGCGUAAUAGUCUAUCGGUGGAACGAUGAGAACAACAGACCAAACACGGGAAGAGCAAACUGGAAGAAGAGGUGGAGUUGCUGCCAAGAGCACGAUGAGGAUGCUCCUCCUUGCCAGAAAGGUUGGCAUGUUUCCUACGACGACGGCUUCACCUUGUACUAGAGCACGUGUUAAUGAUCAUUUGGGAAAGGUGUAAUCAUAUACUGAAUUUUAAACCGGGAUGUGACUUUGCAUCGAUCAUAGAAGUCGGCGACGUGAAUAGAGAGAUAUAUCGACCGUCUGGUGAGUCAAAAUAGGGAGAGCGUGAUAUGUAUAAUUAGGGAUGAUGUUUAGGAAGACGAGAAGAGCUAAAUAUAUUGGAAAUUCAGAUCUUUCAGUGAUA